GCGCCGCCAGUCUCAAGCAGGUAUCCAACAUGGCGAUCACGGGGAGCGGAUCUCUCGCUAUUUCUUUCUAUGUUUUAGUGAUUUCAGCGGCGUUUCUUCACAAAGGAGCUGCUGAAACCGUGACAGUUGACAGCCAGAACCUGGCAACGGAUAACGUGUCCGUGAUUGAGGGGGAAACUGCCACCAUCAGCUGCCGUGUGAGGGACAACGACGACUCCGUCAUCCAGCUGCUGAACCCAAACAGACAGACCAUCUACUUCAGAGAUGUUAGACCUCUCAAGGACAGCCGGUUCCAGCUGGUGAAUUUCUCUGACAACGAACUCCGGGUGUCUCUGUCCAACGUGUCGCUCUCCGACGAGGGACGCUAUGUGUGCCAGCUCUACACAGAUCCUCCUCAGGAAGCCUACGCAGACAUCACUGUCCUGGUCCCACCAGGCAGCCCAAUCAUUGAAAGCCGUGAGGAUAAGGUCAGCGAGGGGAAUGAGACGGAGCUCACCUGCAUAUCCAUGGGCAGCAAGCCAGCCGCUUCCAUCAGAUGGAUGAAGGGGGAGGAUGAACUGACAGGUGAAACAACAGUUGAGGAGAACUAUGACAGGAUGUUUACCAUCACCAGCCGGGUGAGGUUUUCUGUCACCAAGGAGGAUGAUGGAGUGCCAGUGGACUGUAUCGUUGACCAUCCAGCUGUAAAGGACCUACUGGCUCAAAGACACUUGGAAGUGCUCUAUAAACCCGAGGUGAAGAUUGUUGUAACUUAUCCUGAUGGAUUAACAAGAGAGGGCGACAAUCUUGAUUUGACAUGUAUCGCUGAGGGGAAACCGCAGCCCAAUCAGAUCAACUGGCUUAGAGUGGACGAAGAUGUGCCUCCUCAUGCUGUGGUCACCGGCUCUGAUCUUUACAUUGAGAACCUGAAUAAGUCGUAUAACGGCACCUAUCGCUGUGUGGCAUCUAAUGCUGUCGGAGAGGCUUAUGAUGACUACACCCUCUAUGUGUACGACUCCAGAGCUGGUGAGGGAGCACCACAGAAAAUCGACCAUGCUGUCAUUGGAGGAGUCGUUGCCGUUGUGAUGUUUGCAAUCCUCUGUGCACUCAUUGUGCUCGGGCGGUACUUUGCCAGACACAAAGGAACUUACUUCACACAUGAAGCCAAAGGAGCAGACGAUGCGGCUGAUGCAGACACAGCAAUCAUCAACGCUGAGGGGGGGCACAACAACACAGAUGAGAAGAAGGAGUAUUACAUCUAAACUAGGCGGGCCUGGAGUGGUGGUUUGGGAUGCUGUGGGAGCACUGUGUCCAGCAUUGAUUGGUAACAAGAUGGCUUGGGUUAGGGUAAAAAAAGAAAGGAGGGUAAAACACGGAGAAAAGCAAGAAUGGCAUAGACGUGUGGGAAAAAGAGCCGUUACUUGGUCUCCUAUCCGACCCUUUCUGGACUGCUGGGUCCUAUUAUGUACAGGUUAAUUAUUUUACAGAGAAUUUUGUGCCUUGUUCUAUUUCUUUUGUUGGUUUAUAUUCACAUGCUUGUUGGAUUGAAUACUUUCUCCAUGUACUCUACUUGAUCCUUUGUUGCAAUUGGCAUUCAGAAGACAUAGAAAAGGGUCUGGUGUUUAUCAGUGUGUGCUGCAACUAGCUUUUAGCUUGUGUAAUCAGAUAUAUGAAAGGCCAGAUCAGUCACACUUUUUUCUUAAGUCAUUUCCAGAGUUUAGUAAAUGAAACCCAAUAUCACAGUGUUUCUUUCUGUUUGGCCAAAAUCCUGUGGUGCCUCCAAGUUUAUCAUAUUUAGAUGCAGGUCUAAUUGGUUGUCAUAUAUUCCGUCAGAUAAUACAAGGCCCUCUUCAAAUUCAGGCCCACUGUUUAUUACUUACUUUAGCAGUUUGGAUAAUCUUGCAUAUCUUUGAAUGUAUUUGCUAAAGAAGUCCAAAUGAUGAGAAACAGUAACGUGAUAUGUAUCUGUAUGGGGUUUAAAUCAAGCUGUAAGAUGCAGCCACUCCCUCAAAGAUUAUGUGAUCUAGACAGAAACAUGCUCUGAACCCAUUGUCAAUAUUGCUUCCUUGUCCCUUUAAAGUGGAAAUGACACAAUUAACCCAACUUGCUUCAUUUACGAGAUUGUAAUAUAAUAUUAUCAGCUAUUAUAUUACAAUUGUGAAAAAUAUUACUUUAAAGAAAAAACGCAGCAUUGAUUUUUAAAUUAUUGGCAAAGGCGCCACCAUAAUACAAUACUCUAUGCAGUGACAUUACGGGUUGGUUUCCUCUGUACCUUCUGGUUGAAUAAAUUGGAAAUAUCCACUAUACUUUACAACCAUAAAAUAGCUCAGAAAUGUGGUAUGAUGGAAGGGGAAACUGAAAGGACCCUAGAGCAUCUAAAUCCCUAAUACUAAUGACCACCAAUUCAAAUGAGCAAACCUUGGUAAUGUACAAUCCACAAUCCACACAGUACCUGAUGCAGGUCAGCCUCCUGACUGAAGAUGGACUUAAUCACAGUUGGCAUAGGUGAACAACAGCAUUGCCACCCUGCUCCAUCACAAACACAUGUACUGGUGUGAGAAAUCUGACCGUAGCGCAUCCAGAUACUGCAGAGUUAUCUACUGUAUCUGCAACUUGUGUUGUGCUAUCAGUCUGCGCAUGUGCAUCCUCACAAGGUUGGGUGGAUCAGUAGCAUUGAUAGUUCACAGCUGUCUGUUCUCUCCUUACCAGAUCUCAAGCCAAAUGCUCAAUGGGUUCUAAAACAUAAGCAAUGGAAUUUAGAUGCUUUGUUUUUUUAUGGCGGUGAAGUAUAGCUGUUAUUUACAAUGGAUUCAGAGCUACAGAGCGAACCGAUCCAUGUCACUGCUUCGAGUACUGCAACAUGGCCAGGCCCUUGCCAAAAAUGCAUAAAACAAUACUACUUUUUUUCUUUUACAUCUAUGUUUUUCACGUUUGUAAAAUAAUUAUGAAUAAUAAUAAGACACAAACUUAUGAAUUUAGUUUGGUUAACCAUUUUAUUUCCAUUGAAGCGUAUUGCAUUCACUAAAGAAAAAAAAUCAGACAGCUUAUCUCAUAAUUAGAUAGAUCAGUAUCUCGCAAUUAUUAGAUCUUGUAUCGUAAUAUGGUAUCUUUUCUCAUAAUUACGAGAUAAGAUCUUAUAAUUACGAGAUUUUGAUCUCUUAAUUCUGAGACCCUGGUCUCAAUAUUAUGGGAUCAUAUCUCAUUAUUAUGAGAAAAGAUCUCAUAAUUACGAGAUAAGAUCUCAUAAUAACGAGAUAUUGAUCUCGUAAUUAUGAGAUAAGCUGAUUUUUUUUUUCCUUUGAUGAAUGCAAUAUGCUUCAGUACAUAUCCACUUUAACUCAUUUAGAAUGAAAUGUUUGCUGAUGAGGAUUUUCAAUCUACUUCUAGCACUUAUUUACAGCUGCAUUUCAUUACUAAGGACCAUUAGUGCAAGAAGGUAAUGUAAGAUAAAAUCGUGGCAGGUUUUCGAUUAACGCCACAGUGGUGUGUACCCUAUAGAAGCUUGAAGUGUUUAAAAUGACCAAAUAUCUUUCUGUUUGUUGCCAUUUCACGUGGUUCUGAGUCCCAAAUGGCACAAUCAAUUUUUGUCAAUUUCUUUACUGAUGUUUUGCAUUAUUGCAUAGAUAAACAUUGAUGUGUUCUUUGACAACUUUAAAUCUGUAAUGUCUCCACAAUAUCCACAAAAAUUCAAAAAUGCAUACCACAACAGGAAAGACAACUUAUUUUUGAGUAAAGGGAUGCAUCCAGUGUGCCAUGAUGAAAAGAGAUUACACAAACUCUAAAUGUCUACGCUACCUGGUGUUGUAAAGCUCAAAAUUGUCAUUUCAAAUUAAAUUAACAAUGAAAUAUUUUUUUUAUUCAGCUCAGGUAGUAUUAUACCAGCUAAGUAAUAUCUUGAGGGGUGAACGUACCAUAGCAUCUAUGACAGAGAGAAGAUGAAAACCAUUAUUAUCCACCACAGCAAGUGAUAGAUUCAGUGUAAUUUUUACCUCUUCAUUGCUGCUGCUUCAUUGCUUUCUCUUUAUAGCAUUUUCUUUUAAGUGUUGCCUUACUCUGAUCACUGCUUCACGUAAUAUGUGGAACGUGUAGGUUUUUCACAACCACAUGAGAAAAUGCUCACAGCUAUGCUAAGUGCUAAUUUUGCGAAUUAAUUUUCAUUAUUUUUGCUUAAAAAUGAUACCUAACUGCAAACCUCUCAUUAAGCAGAGUCAUCACCUGGUACCUCUCAAAAAUUCCACAUUAAACCUGAAAAGUAAGGUGGUAACGCGAAAUGUUGAUUAAAGCCCAUAAUCAAGAUACUUGGGAUUAGAAAGGGACAUGCUUUGUUUCUUAAAAGAUAGUCUUAUUUAGUCAUAAUACAUCAUGUAAACAUUUCCUCUAUAGCUUUGGAAGUCAUUUAUUGGGUUUUGUUACUUGUUGUAAAAUUGUCAGUUUUAUUUAAGAAGUUGGUCUUUAUUCACUUCCUAUAGCGAAAUUCAUUUUUUAAGAAUCUUUCUGAGGCAUUUUUCAACUGUAAUCAUAUCAUAGUGCAGUCUGGAUCUACUCGCAACAUGUAAUCACAUUUAGAAAGCAAUUGUACAGUUUCCUUUUUUUGUUCAUCUGUUAUGAUGAAUUAACAAAAGCUAGUAGAGAGUUAAGCCUUCUAAACAAGUUUUUUAUGACAGCGUCGUAUUUAACUGAAUUAUUUAGCAAUUUAAGAAUCAAAUACUUUACAGUUUAGCUGUCUAAGCCUAAUUAGCUGUCCAAAUUUGCUAACUUUUUAAAUAGCUAUUUAAAUAGCUUGCCUAAAUUUUGAUAAGGGAAAAAAAUUUUCAGGUAAAAAUUCAGGUAAAAAGCAAAAUAACUAAAAUUCCUAAUUAGUCUAAAAAAAAAAAAAAAAAACGCAAAAUUGCCAGUUCAUUGAAAUCAUCUGUUUGGCUGUUUAAUCUUGAUUAAAUGAAUAGUUCAAUUAACAAUCUAGCUAUGUUUAGCUUAUUAAACAGUUAAAUAGCUAAACAGCCUUUGGUCCGAUUUAGUAAAAUUAGCUAAAAGCAAAUUUGGCAUCAAAAUAGGUUAUUUAGUUAGAAAAUAUUUAACUAAAUAGUCUUAAUUAUUUAAACAACUAAAUUCGCUUUUUAGAUAAAUUGAAUAAACUUUAACACUUACUUUGCUGGCAAAAAAAAGUCACCUCACCUAAAACCUGUCACAUCAAAACAGACAGAAAUUGGUGAUUCAAUGGCCUGAAUCUCAAAAUCACCCUCUGUGUCGUCAGUGAAACCUUUUUCAAUAAUUUAGCUUUACAGUCUUUAUCAAAUAAUUUCAUUUUUUACAUUGCUGUUCUGGUCUGUUUCAAGUCCUGUCAGUCACAGGAAUUUUGAGUUCAUUAAAAUGUUCCUUAAGGUAGCUCCAAGAUAAUUAAGCAAUCAAAAUAGCUAAUUACACAGUACUUAACUAAUUUAUCUUAUUUAUCUGAAAAACUAAAUUACCUUUUAAGCUAAAUUACCUAAGUUCUAACAUUUAUUUUGUUUGCCUGAAAAGUCAGACUUCACUUAAAAAAUAUCACAGUAAAACAGGCAGCAAUUAGUGCUUCACUAGGCUGAAUGUUUUGGGGUUUUUUAUAUAUAUUUUCAAUCCAUAUUUUGUUACAUUUCCUCUCACUGAAUCCAUUAGUUUGUGUAACUGUACCAUAAAUGUUUUGUGUACACAAUGAAGUUGGAAAGUUGUUUUUGCAAAAUGUCUCUCAUCUGCUGGUGAAAAUAUCAUGAUGUUAAACUUUCAAUGAGAUGAAAAUACAG